CCCCGAUUCCCCACUCCGGCAGGAAUCCGGAGCUAACUGCUACACCCAUGGCCUCCGCUCCGGUAAGGACCGGCUGGCCAGGCACUUUCCCCGAGUCGUCCCCGCGGGCUGCGGGGGCCAGGUCGGGAACAUGCCCACACCUGGCGGGAGAUGGAGGCAGGUGUCAGCAGCCGGCUCUGCCGCUGGCCCCUCGCCCUGGGGCGUCGGCGUCUCGCGGCGGCUGAGCGGCGGGAAUGCCGAGCUCCAGGGCGGGCUGCCCGACGCUCCUCCCCGCGUCCCGAAGCUCUGGGCAGAGACCSGCCGGCCCAUGGCCCCCUAGAAUUCUCGGAGGGUCUCGGUGGAGCGCCUGCGUCAGAAUCACCUGGGAGGUGUCGGAGAGCGCGGGAGCCGGGGCGCCGACACGCACCUGCGGAUUCCGCGCCGGAGGGCGGGGCCGGGGAACGCGCGUUUCGAAUGAGCCUUCAGGAGGACCCCGUUCUGGAGCGUUAUUUUAAAGGCCACAAAGCUGCAAUCACCUCUGUGAACUUCAGCCCCAACGGCAAACAACUUGUUACUGCUUCUUGGGAUACGUUUCUCAUGCUAUGGAAUUUGAAGCCGCAAGCUAGAGCUUUCAGAUAUKUGGGUCAUAAGGAUGUUGUAACCAGUGUGCAGUUUUCUCCCCUUGGAAACCUACUUGCAUCUGCCUCAAGGGACAGAACCGUGAGACUUUGGAUUCCUGAUAAAAAAGGGAAAUCUUCAGAAUUUAGAGCUCAUACAGCUCCAGUUAGAAGUGUGGACUUUUCAUCUGAUGGCCAGUUUCUAGUUACAGCUUCUGAAGAUAAAUCCAUCAAAGUAUGGAACAUGUUCCGCCAGCGCUUCUUAUAUUCCUUGUACCGACAUACACACUGGGUACGCUGUGCCAAAUUUUCACCUGAUGGAAGAUUAAUUGUAUCAUGCAGUGAGGAUAAAACUAUUAAAAUAUGGGAUACCACAAAUAAGCAGUGUGUUAAUAACCUCUCAGAUUCUGUAGGAUUUGCAAAUUUUGUGGACUUUAAUCCUAAUGGUACAUGCAUAGCUUCAGCAGGUUCUGAUCAUAGUGUAAGGAUCUGGGAUAUCAGAGUGAACAAGUUACUCCAGCAUUAUCAAGUUCACAGCUGUGGAGUUAAUAGUAUAUCAUUCCAUCCUUCGGGUAACUAUCUGAUCACUGCCUCUUCAGAUGGUACACUUAAGAUUCUGGAUCUCUUAGAAGGAAGACUCAUAUAUACACUUCAAGGACAUACGGGACCUGUAUUUACUGUUUCAUUUUCCAGAAGUGGAGAGCAAUUUACAUCAGGAGGUGCAGACACACAGGUCUUAUUGUGGAGGACUAACUUUGAUGAAUUGCAUUGUAAAGAUAUUAAUAAAAGAAAUCUCAAAAGACUGCAUUUUGAUUCACCACCACACCUGCUUGAUAUUUACCCAAGAACACCACAUACUCAUGAAAGAAAAUUAGAGACUGUUGAAAUUAAUCCAAAGCUUGAGGUAAUCGAUUUGCAGAUUUCUACUCCCCCUGUUGUGGACGUCCUUUCUUUUGAUUCUACCACAAUAACAGAAAAUAGUGGUCGAAAUCUGCCAGACAAGGGUGAAGAUAUCUGUGGAUAUUUCUUGAACCCUUCCUUAAUGUCAGCAGACUGUUCAGCAAUAGCUGUGAAAAAUAAAACAGAAGAAUUUAGUGACUUUCCCUCCGAGAGCCAAAGAAGCAUACCGCUUGCUGUGACAGACGCUUUAGAACACAUCAUGGAACAGCUCAAUGUCUUGACACAGACAGUUUCCAUUUUGGAGCAGCGACUGACUUUGACAGAGGAUAAGCUGAAAGACUGCCUUGAAAAUCAACACAAGCUUAUCAGUGUCGUCCAACAGAAAAGCUGAAUAGGAAUGUGUGAGCAAGGCACAAUCAGCGGACGCGUCCUCAAGAAGGCCGUGCAGGGUGCUCGGCACAACACACCAUGCACUGAUUAUCAUGGCAUUCUUCAAAGGGUGAGCAACAGAACAAAAGGCAAAAAGGCAUAUUUAAGGACUAAUUUAAACACACAAAUCAAUGUCAAGGACUAAUUUAAAUCACUACUAGUUAUGAUUGCAGUAAUAAAGUGGAAGCAUCCAAG